AUGAAUUCCAAAGAACUUUACACGAUACGUGAAUGGGCACCCUUAACCGAUGUUUUCGAUCGUAUACCAACACGCAUCAGUCGUGGUCUAUUUCCGGCUGAUUUAAAUAUCACUUGUGUCGAUGCUAUUGAGGAAUUUAUAGCGUUGGGCAGCGAUGCCGGUAUUAUAUUUUGGUAUAACCGCGAUUCCGGGCAAAUACAGAAACUGAAAUCGGAAAAUACCUCACGCAUAACUUGCGUAAAAAUUGUCAAUUCCGUGGAAUAUAUGGUUGCGGCGGGCAAUAGCACCGGCCAGGUGAGUGUGUUUCAAAUACAAAAGGAAUUACCGGCCGAUUUGAAUUUGGUGGCACCCUGUACCAAGGCAAAGCCAAUUGAGCGAUAUACCAUACGAGACUUACAUCAAAGUCCCAUCAGUUGUUGUGAAUGGUCUAAGAAUGGCAUGAAAUUGUACUCGGGAGAUCGUAAUGGUGUGGUUGUGUUGACAGAAUUGGAUUAUCAGACGCAUAUUAGUAAAUCGGUGGAGAUCCUCAACGAAGCCUAUGAAAUUGUCCAGUUAAGUGUUCAUUUGGGGCACCUUUUGGUAUCCACUCUAUAUCGUUCCAUUGUGUGUUCCAAGGAUGAAAGUGGCAAUUGGGUGGUUAAACAAAUUGGUAAAAAAGAUCGCAAACAAUUGGUCGAUUGUGGUGGCACAUUUUUCAAAAAGUCAUCCGGAAGAAAACCCCGACUAAUAUGUGGUCGACCGAAUUUACGUUUUUGGUUGGCGGACGUCGAUGGAAAUGUAGAAAAAACAUUACUAUUUCGUGAAGCGGUGGCACUGAGCCCAACCUGGGAAAUACCUAUAUUAAAUCCGAAAUGUUCAAUGUUGCUAAAUCGGACGUUAGGAAAUACGCAAACGCUGCCUGCAGAUGACGCCACUGCCAUUGGUGAUAGUAAGAAUUUUCGUAACAUAUAUUCGUAUGGUGGUCAGGAUUCACUGAUUGUUACCCAUGAUGAACGUACAUUGUAUAUUUUAAAUUUGGAUCGUCUCAAAGUGGAGGCGGUGGCCAGGGGAUUUCGCAAAAUCAUUGAUUUUUGUGUCUGCAAUAAGGAGAUAUUUGUUUUGGAAGGUGAACGGUCACUUUUGCGUUUGGCCCCAAUGCCCGAGAAGCCAAAUAAAAUAGCCAAAAUAAUUUACAACCCCUCAAUGCCACCGCCGGUUCCUGUUAUGGGCUCUUCCAUAUGUGGUACAUUUGAGGCGCCCGUCGAAUAUGAACCCGAAGAGCAGCCAAUUUUAAAUGCCGAAGAAUGUUUUGAAUUGCCACCAAUAGAAACCUUAAAUUUGAAUAUACCCAUAGAACUGGCGGUGGAAUCAUCGAAGGCGGAACAAAAUCGCCGCUUAGAAGUUUUUAAAGAAAUUUCCGAAAUGGAUUUUGAUGAGGCGAUUCUACAUCAUAGUGGUAUAUCCCUUAAGCAGGACAGCAGUACAAACAAGAAACGACGUAAAAGUCGUGAGCGAGGAGGAGAUACACAAAAUGUGGCCACGGAGGGUAUUGUGGAAAUUGGUCACAUCGUUGAGGCCGAACAUCAUGGUGGCAAAUCAAUGGAAUACACAGCCGAGUCAACACAAAUGGAUGUGAGUUAUUGUAAUGAUGCCAAUAAUGGUAAUGGAGAAAGCAUCUCAACAAUGACUUUAAAUUUAAAGGAAGCAUUUAAUCAACAUUUUCCCAACAUUCUCAGCCCGACAACGCUAAAAGAAACCAUUGCCGAAAAGGCAAAAUCCUUGGCAGAAGAGCUAAAUUUGCCGGAAGUUAAACUUGAACCCAUUACCGAUGAGGAGUUACGUAUGUCGAAAUAUUUGGCCCAGCCACCGGCACCCCAACCACCUCUCGUCUCACCUUUAGAAACCAUAUAUCCCACAGAAAGUCUAUUCAAAAAAGAUUCAAGUAUCCAGACAACACCACAUCAAAAAAUCUACUAUAUUGAAGAGCAAACAAUGGCGGGAGAUUUUUCUAAUGGCCAACCCAUAGAAGAUAUUUGUCAUACCUUACGAGCUACCAAUUUAAUUGAAAGUAAUAAUGAUAAUGGUGAAAAGGAGGAGGAGAAAGAUAAUAAGAAACAUUUAGCUUUUGUUAAUGCACAAUUAAAAGAACCUGACGAGGAGGGGGAGGACGAGGGGCAGGAAGAGAUUAAAAGUUUUCUAUUAGAUUUCAAUAAGGUUAAGGAUCCUUUGGCACCCUCGGCUGCUACUUGUGGCACAACUGCCGCCAGCACAAAAUCUGAAAAUGAAUCAUCAAAUGGUUCCUCAAGUGAAUGGGAAUUUUUGGAUAAUUAA